AUGUCGACUACCUCCGGCUUGCGCCAGAACCAGGCUGCUCGACCAGAAUCCCCUCAUACUCCGCAACAGCCGCUUCGCUCAGGAAAUACUUCCUUCGCCAGCACAACAUCACCGGGCUCAUCCUUUCGAAAUGAAGACGAUGCAAUCAUAUUUGAAAUUGGCGCUCGAUGGCUACGAGCUGGAUUUGAGGGCAGCAGCUCCCCAGUCUGCGUGGUAGGAUUCGGACCCGAACAAUCGAGGAGAGUGGGGGACUAUCGGGGAUGGAUUGAGGGCGAUUCUGGGGCAAGACCGACAGCACAGCCUGUCGAUGCUGAAGAUUGGGCUCGCGAGUACGAAUUAUGGAGGCUGGACCUGCGACAAACUGACCUAGGGUUGGUCGAGGACAAGAUUGAACGUGCUUUUCGCGAAACCUACAACCAAUACCUGUUGACCGACGCAGGCACGUCCCGCCUGGUGCUGGUCUUACCCUCUCUUAUGCCACAUCCGCUGCUUUCAUCACUUCUUUCCACCUUGUUUGGCCGCUGGCGAUUUCCUAGCAUUACACUUUUACCCCAUGCGCCUAUGGCGGCGACCGCGGCAGGUUUGCGGUCUGCCCUGGUGGUAGACAUUGGCUGGGCGGAAACGAUAAUCACGGGUCUUUAUGAGUAUAGGGAGGUCACCACAAAACGGAGCACAAGGGCAAUGAAAGCCGUGCUGCAAGAACUGGGUCGAAUGUUCACCGAUGUGGCUUCGAGGAGUGAGCAGGACAGUGUUCCCACAGAUGACAUCUCCGUGGGAUUCAAAUAUUGCGAGGAGAUUGCGUGCCGAUUGGCUUGGUGCAAGAUGGAAGCUCAGAACGAAGAAACAGAAGACAUGAGCCAGACCAUUUCGAUACCUUCACCAACCAACCCAGAGCAGGAAUUUAUUGAGGUGCCAUUUUCCCGCCUUGCAGAACCCGUUGAGAAGGCUCUUUUUGCCCCGGAUAUGCCAGAGAGUGAGUUGGACGAUGAAGAGAAACCUAUUUCCCUUCUGGUGUACAAUACUUUGCUCGCACUACCUCCCGAUGUGCGUGGAACAUGCAUGUCGCGUAUCAUCUUUGUGGGUGGCGGAGCCCGCAUCCCUGGCUUACGGCAACGGAUUUUGAAGGAUGUCUCGCGAUUGAUUGACCAGCAUGGAUGGAGUCCCAUCCGAGGUUCCAUCCGAGAGAAAGUCAUUGAACGACAACGGCAGCGAUUGGAAAAACUACGGGUCUCAACUCCUGCCAAUGGCGAGAACCAAGUGACUUCCAAGGAUACAAGCUCCUCGCCAAAUAACGAACAAACAGGCCCACCUAGAGAUGAGCCUGAAAUUGAUUUCGUGGAGCAAAAACUGCGCCGUCAGAACAAGGAUACACCCGUCCCUGUCCAAGGUAUCUUACGAGAAAUUGAUUCUCUUGGAGCCUGGGCUGGAGCGAGCUUAACAACCAGCCUGAAGAUCCGCGGAAUGGUAGAGAUCGAGCGUGAAAAGUUCCUGCAGCAUGGCUUGGCUGGUGGCACCCGAGACUCGGAACCUGCGCCUGAUCGUCGAUCGGGCUUGAGAGCGGGCGACCGUUCCAGUUGGACCCUAGCAGGGUGGGCAUAG